GACUGGAGGCGCCGAGCGGAAGUCCUUCCGUCUCUAUGCUCUCUGCGCUUUCCCUCGGCUCCGCGACUGAGGUCGUGUCCCGGAAGUAAAGGGGCCAUGUUGAUGGGUGACCCCGAGAGAGGUACUGGGCGAGGCGAGACCUGAGGAGUGGUAGCACGCGGUCCGCGGAGUGUGACACCCAGCUCUUGUCAGUCCCCCAUGGCCCCGUGGAGCCGAGAGGCGGUGCUGAGUCUCUACCGGGCUCUGCUGCGCCAGGGCCGAGAGCUUCGCUACACUGAUCGAGACUUCUACUUUGCUUCCAUUCGCCGGGAGUUCCGGAAAAAUCAGAAGCUCGAGGAUAUAGAAGCCCGGGAGAAGCAGCUGGAAAAGGGCCUGGUCUUCCUCCAUAGCAAACUAGGGGGACUUAUUUAGAUCCUCUUUUCCCCUCCUACCCUAAUUUUAAGAGGACAAAGGUGCCUUCUGCAGAUACUCCUGUGCUCUCCCACCCCACCCCACAGAUGCAUUAGGAAGCCUCAGGAUGGCAAAGUGAGUGUCACCAUGCCUGUCUCCUUCUUGCUCCUGAUCUUCCAUGAAGCAGUGGCCAAGGAGGAAAACCCUGUGUGCAUCUUACCAUGGUGAGCAAUGGCAGGUGCCAGUGAGCGCAAAGGCAAAAAGGAUGACAACGGCAUCGGCACGGCCAUUGAUUUUGUGCUCUCCAAUGCCCGGCUGGUGCUGGGGGUGGGUGGAGCGGCUAUGCUGGGCAUCGCCACACUGGCAGUUAAGCGGAUGUACGAUCGGGCAAUCAGUGCUCCUACCAGCCCCACCCGCCUGAGUCAUUCUGGGAAGAGGAGCUGGGAAGAGCCAAACUGGAUGGGCUCCCCUCGACUGUUGAAUAAGGACAUGAAGACAGGCCUGAGCCGUUCUCUGCAGACCCUUCCCACAGAUUCCUCAGCCUUUGACACAGAUACAUUCUGCCCGCCCCGACCCAAGCCAUUGGCCAGGAGGGGCCAGGUAGACUUGAAGAAGUCACGACUCCGCAUGUCCCUGCAGGAGAAACUUCUUUCUUACUACCGGAACCGGGCAGCCAUCCCUGCUGGAGAGCAGGCUCGGGCCAAGCAAGCUGCGGUGGACAUAUGUGCUGAGCUGCGGAGCUUCUUGAGGGCCAAGCUGCCUGACAUGCCACUUCGGGACAUGUACUUGAGUGGCAGCCUCUAUGAUGAUCUGCAGGUGGUGACAGCUGACCACAUCCAACUGAUUGUACCCCUUGUGCUGGAGCAGAACCUGUGGUCAUGCAUCCCCGGCGAGGACACCAUCAUGAAUGUUCCUGGUUUUUUCUUGGUCCGUCGUGAGAACCCAGAGUACUUUCCUCGUGGUAGCAGUUACUGGGACCGCUGUGUUGUAGGUGGCUACCUCUCCCCAAAGACAGUGGCAGACACAUUUGAGAAGGUAGUGGCAGGGUCUAUCAACUGGCCAGCCAUAGGGUCCCUCUUGGACUAUGUGAUCCGACCAGCACCACCCCCAGAGGCCCUGACACUAGAAGUGCAGUAUGAACAGGACAAACAUCUUGUCAUUGACUUCCUACCAUCAGUGACCCUUGGUGACACUGUCUUGGUGGCCAGACCCCACCGGCUAGCUCAGUAUGACAACCUGUGGCGGCUGAGCCUGCGUCCUGCUGAGACAGCACGCCUGCGGGCUUUGGACCAGGCUGACUCUGGUUGCCGAUCUCUGUGCCUCAAGAUCCUCAAGGCCAUAUGCAAGUCCACUCCGGCUCUGGGCCACCUCACUGCCAGCCAGCUAACCAAUGUCAUCCUCCACUUGACCCAAGAAGAGACUGACUGGUCUCCAGACAUGCUGGCCGACCGUUUCCUGCAGGCCCUGAGGGGACUCAUCAGCUACUUGGAGGCUGGAGUCCUGCCUAGUGCCCUGAACCCCAAGGUGAACCUAUUUGCAGAGCUCACCCCUCAAGAAAUAGACGAAUUGGGAUAUACUCUCUACUGCUCAUUGUCUGAGCCAGAGGUGCUGCUGCAGACGUAGGGCAGGUCAAGGCUGGAGUGGGCGUUGGGUGUCAGACCCGGAGUCUCCGUUAGAAACACUUGGCUACGUGGUUGUACCUCACAGGUCCCUAGGUGCCUCCUGUCCACCUAGUUAGUUGUCCUGGUCACUUCAUGCUUAUUAGAGUGGUGUCCCUUCAGUUUUCCCAGCUGUCCCUAUUUUUGUUACCAAACACUGUGCUCCCUACUACCCCUUUGCUCUAGGUUGAUUUUUCUGGAAUGAACAGAGAAGGUAGAGUUUGGCCUGAGCUGUUGAGACUGCUGGGUAUUUUGCAUUUGGGCCCAGUUUUUCUGACUUUUGUCCUCCUGCCUUACCCUUUUGCCUCCUAGUCACUGUCUUCCUUUCCUGUUCACACCUUCGGUUUGCUCUUGUCAUUGGAGCACAUCUGCCUAAUCAAGGUGUUGCCUUUUAGUUGAUGUCACAGAAGAGCUCUGAUUGCAUGUUUCUAAGCGGAGCUCUGCAGAGAGUACUGAGACAGUAUUUAGGGUUUCUGGGGUGAAAGUGGCUAAGAGCCUCUGACCUGGCAAAUUGGCCUUUGACAAACAAACCCCACGUGCCCCCAGCAACUCCUGUUCAUCUGUGCUAAGAACAUUUUGCCUGGGGAUGCUGCAUUGACCCACAUGGGGAACUGGAUGCAAAGUUAUUUUAUAGGAGAUUGUGUUUCUUUGUGGCCAUCAGUAAGAACACAGGAUGGUCUGAAGCUGCUUCAGGGUGCCUGGUGGAGAGCCUUUGUGUCCAAGUCUUUCUCAUCUGUGGUGACCAAAGUCAUACAGACAAAGGAAAGCCUGGGGCCCUCACCUCCCAGGAUACUGGUUCCCUGUUUAUUGCCAAUUGAAGAAGGCCUUGCUUUAGUAGUACAGACCGAUGGACGGUAACAGGAGGCUGAGUGUCAGCUGGAAAACCCAGUCACCAGUUGGCUUAGAGACCAUGUUGUCUUCCUUGACAGGAUCUGCCUUUCUAGGAUGUUGCCUCAGAGCAACAACAGACCCAGGGCCAACACCUCCCAAAUGGUGUUUGCUGAGUACUGUAGGCACCUCCACAAGCCAGAGGGCAUGUGAACAUGCCAGGUCUUGUCUCCUUGUUCUGCUUACCUGACACCUGGGAGAUUGGUGCUACCUAGGAAAUGAGCACAUAGCACACAGACCAGGAAGGAGGGGGACUUCCCUCAUUGCUGCUAAAAUUGCACUAUUUUAUGGCAGUAUAGAUGUAUCCUGAGGGUAGGGCAGAGGGAGGAGUGUUUAAUAUACCAUGUUAGUGUGUCUCGUUUUCUGGUUUGUGAUAAAGAGGCUGAAGGUAGUUCUGGUUCUGAUCUGCCCAUCUAGUCUUUUGUUUUAUCUGUUCUUACUACCUCUCCAUCAGUGUGAUUCUGGUGAAGAUCUCUGCAGCUGUCUUAACCCUUCCUAAUGAGGAUGACAUGAAAUGACAGUAAACAGCACUGGCCCUUCAGAAGUCCACUUGAAUUUAGGGUAGCAAUAGAUGCCUGCCUCUUCUUGCCAUAGAUUAGGAGGUUGAGAACUAGCUGUAGUUACUUUCUGCAAAACUCUUCUAUAUAUCUGCUGAGAUUCCUUACGGAGUUUCUUUUGUUUGAUUUGUAUAACAUAGUAUGAAAAAAUUGCAAAGAGAAAGCCAAGAACCUUAACUGAAGCAUGCCACCUUGGCUGUUAAACCAGAAUGAAAUAGGGGUUUAGAACGUCUGUGCAAACUUACAGAUGUUUGGGUGGGGAUAGAAUGGCUCUGAGGCUCCAUCUGAUGGAGGGGAGGGUCAGAGUGCUGUACAAACAGAUUCUUAUUUUGAUUUGGGUUCCCUCUGAUAAGUAUUAUAAAACUUUCCCAAGGUAUCAUUUCUGAUUAGAUUCCAUAUAAAAUACAGGAAAGAGCUCAAGUGAAGCCCCUAAACUUGGAAGACCCUGAAGAUUUAAAAAGUCUCAGAUUAUCACAGCCAUAUGUCAUUGUGAGUUUAGGAAGGGCAGUGAUCUGCUAUCUUAAGGAAUAGCUCUCACCUGGACUGUGCUUUGUAAAACCAAGUCUUGGCCAUCUUCCAAGCAAGGGCCUCUUAGAAGUCCUCAGAAAAAGGAAAAGUGGGAACGGAGCCCUGAGCUGGUGGGUUUGCUGACUGGGCAGGCUCUCCUUUCGCUGCCAUUUUCCUUGUCAAAAAAUAUGGGAGAUGCCUGAGUGCUUUGGGAUGUUUGGGUGCAAGAAAACAAUAUUCUGCCCCCCAUCCCCUUUGCAACUCUGGGGAAAGAGGCAGCGGCUGUGCCAACACUCUGCCUUUCUCUUGAGCAGCUUCUGCUUUGGCCUGAAGGAAUAGCCACCGCUGUGAUCCUAGUUCUGUCUGGAGAUCUUGGCACCAUCUAGAUUAGCAAACCACAUGCUUGAUGCCUAAAAUUGCACUCAUUAACUUGAAAACCUAGUAAUUCCAAGUUUAUUUUGGUUCUUCCCUGUUGCCCUUUACCAAAAAGAGUUGAGGAUAGCAAUCUUUUCCUUCAUAUGCUUGGUUGCGACUUAGAGCUGGAAAAGCUGUUGGGGUAGUCUCCCAUCUCCUUACUUGGCCUGGCUGUCCACUUCCUUAUACUUAGGUGAGCUGAUUUUGUCCCCUUGUAAUUCACUCAAGAGCUCAGAUUGGUAGGGUGGAGUCAACUUCAGGGUCAUGGGCCGAGGGAUCCAGUAAACCAACAGGAUGUUGCAUGUGUCCAGAGCCCUCUGCCCCCAAACACUUCCUUGGGAUUGUGAGUACAGAAUUUUCACCCUGAGGAUGCUGCAAACUCUAGCCUUUCCCCUAAAGCUCAAGGCCAAGGAAAAUGUUAAGACAUUUGGGACUAGAGCUGACCUCUACACCAGACUGGGAAACUGUAGUCCUAUUAGACUUAUAAAGUGGCCAAAAUACCAGGCUGUGGCUUCUGUGGUCAACUGCAUACAGGGGGUGGGGGGUGGAGGAGUGUUACUUUUUAUUUUGAUCACCCUGUAGUCUUUAACCUCUUGGUCCCUGAGGCCAGGUCCACGACUUGCCUUCCAGUCACUUGCCUGCCCUUCAGUGGUGGUCAGUGUCAGGUAGAAUUGGAAUCAGUCACCAAUCUACAUCCUGUCUUGGCUGGGUCCAUAUAGGAGCAGCUUAGCUCUGAGACCCAGCGAACCUUUAUUCUUUUUCUCCUUGAAGGAGGAAAUUAAACUGGGGAACACAGUGUCUUUCCACAGUAUGGGAAGAAGAAAAUAAAAAUCUCCUUUCCAACAAC